AUGCCGUCCUUCUCAAACGACUACCCUUCUCAGACGGUCACUGCUACCGUUACACAUCCCCGCUCAUUCGGCCCGCCUCAAGAUCGAUCCCACGAUAAGAAUUCCGUAGGGAAUACUUUUCUGUGGACAAAUUGGCCGAAUGGGGACUCUAGCCACUUGGACACACCUUCGAACGAUCGGCAUCUUCCCAACGGCAGCACAUAUUCUUUGACCGGACCCCGUUCGAGCGCCAGUUCUUACAAUCGAGAAUUUUUGCAGUCAAAAGAUGGAAGCCUACACUCGCUAGGAAGCGGAUCGGCUCGUGAACAUCGAGAGGGAAGGCCGUCCUCCAAUACCAUGGAGAGGGAGUUUCCCCGCAAGUCCUCCGACACAGGGGUUGGGGCAGCGUCGCCGACUGCAUCAAUUGCUAGUCAGCAGGUCAAUGGGGCAUCAUUGAGCCAUAGAUCGCUCAACGCCAAGCAUAUGGUGAAUGGGGAUUAUUCGCGACCGUCUGUUGACGAAUUGGUAUGCCCAGACUCUGCGACUAACGCACCAGGAUCACGACUGUCGACUUCUCUUCCUGAUAGCACUGGCCGGCUUUCUCCGGAUCUUGGAGGCCUAUCACCUACCCAGAAAGGGUCCUAUCGGCAUUCAUCUCCUCCAGUCCCGGUGGGAGUAAACCGGAGCAACACACAAGAUUCGGCAAACUCGAGCCUUCGACAACGGCAUACCCUACAAGUUCCGAGAACCACUAGUGGCCGCCGCAGUAGUCGUGAUCAGCCGGAAGACGUCGCCUACAGUAGUGGCCGCUUAUCACCAACAGCUGGAAUCCGCCGUCCGUCUCUCGGCCUGGCCCGCAGAAACACGAGAACGAACCAGUCCGAUAUCUUUAUCGAUGAAGCGAAUCCAGACGAAGACGCAGCUCGAUGGGCUGAGGCCAUCAAACAGAGGAGAGCCUCGAGAAGGAAACGACGAGACGAGGAAGACGAUGAAAGGGUUGUAGUAGGAACGAAAGUCGAUCGCAACCACGUCAACUGGGUUACCUCGUAUAACAUGCUCACUGGCAUUCGAUUCACCGUGUCAAGAAUCAACGCGAAGAUGGAUCGAGAGUUGACGCCGGCCGACUUUGAAGCGGCACACAAGUUCUCCUUUGAUAUAACUGGUAACGAGUUGACGCCAUCUGCCCAAUACGAUUUUAAGUUCAAGGACUACGCGCCCUGGGUUUUCCGUCACCUGAGAUCGAAGUUCCGCCUUGACCCUGCCGACUACCUGAUGUCCCUUACGAGCAAGUAUAUUCUGUCGGAACUUGGCUCCCCAGGAAAGAGUGGCAGUUUCUUCUACUUCUCACGAGACUACAAGUACAUCAUAAAGACGAUUCACCACGCCGAACACAAACUGCUGCGGAAAAUCCUACCCGAAUACUACAAGCAUGUGGAGCAAAACCCAAACACCCUGAUAUCGCAGUUUUAUGGUCUACAUCGAGUUAAGAUGGCUUAUGGCCGCAAGAUACACUUUGUCGUCAUGAACAACCUCUUCCCACCACACCGUGAUAUUCAUUACACCUUCGAUUUGAAGGGCUCAAUGGUUGGACGUGAGAUGAGCGAGGAUUAUAUCAAAGAUCACCCACGGUCGACCAUGAAGGAUCUGAACUGGCUUCGAAGAGAACGCCAGCUGGAAUGCGGCCCGGCCAAGCGUGAAUUCUUUCUCGCUCAACUCAAGCGGGAUGUGGAGUUACUCAAGCGGCUGAAGAUCAUGGAUUAUUCACUUCUUGUGGGUAUACACGAUCUUGAAAAGGGUAACGAGGAGAAACUUCGUGACAAGACUUUGCAAGUCUUCCAGCCUGGGGCUGAUCGUGAAGAGGAAAUCCACCCAAACACGCUAAUGCGCACUCCUUCUAAGCUGGAAAAUGAACGCAAGGCUCGCGAACUCCGAAUGCUUAUCCAAAAGGAACGACCUGUGCCACUUGAAAAAGCAACCGCAAAAAUGCCAGACGAAAUCCUUGAUGAACGAAAGUACCAUGUGUUCUACUCUGAUGACGGAGGAUUUCGAGCUACGCAUGAAAACGGUCAGCCCGGCCAGGAAAUUUAUUAUCUGGGUAUCAUCGACUGUCUGACACAUUAUGGCACCGUGAAACGAAUAGAGCACUUUGUCAAGGGUCUUACUCACGACCGGACUCAGAUAUCGCCGAUUCCCCCAGAAAGCUAUGGAGACCGUUUCAUCGCUUUUAUCAAACGGAUAACGAUGUCGAAGGAGGAAGCGCAACGAUGUCGAGAGUCACAAGCUACGGAGCAAGCCGGCCUGAGUGAGCAAUCUGCACCACAGCCAGGACAUGAAGCAGCCGCCUCAGCUCCCAGCCAGCAACCGGCGGGCGUUUGUGGCCCCGGACCUAGUACGUUACCAAUCGUGGACGAAGCUGGUGAGGGUAGUAGUGUCGGUGGACACAGUCAACGCAGUCCACGGUGUCCUUCGCCACACUUAGAUAAGGAGUUACCCUUGACGCCAAGUAACGGUGUACCACUACAGCUUCCAGAGAAGCAGAACGGGUUCCUUCAAAAUGGGAAAGGCCUUGCCGUUCCAGUUUGA